AUGUGCAAUAAGCUGGCCAUGAACGCGUUCCGCCUGCCUUGCUGCGAUCAGGCGAUUUGCGAUGGCUGCCAGGCUUCGCUUCCAGACACUUGCCCCGUCUGCGCGCACACCCCCCUCUCCGCCGAUCUAUGCAAGCCGAACAAAGCGCUGCGGACGACCUUGAAGGCGUUUUUGCGCACCGAAGAGAAAAAGCGUGAGCGGGAACGCCAGUCCGCCACCCCCGCGACGCCCGCGCCCACAAAUGGUGUGACUCCGGCAGACGCGACCCCGGUGCAGGAGACGCCCGUGGUGUCCGGUGCCCACGAAGGUCCGGCGCCUGAUGAGGCGCUUCCUUCUGUUGAGGCUGUGGAGGAGCCAGCUGCCGCUGUGAACGCCCCCGACCCGGACGCGGAGAACGCGCCGGGUAAUCCGUCCAGGACACAUGGUCUCGUUCCCGCUGACAUGCAGAAUAAGCAGUUGGAAAGCGUCCCUGCGGAUGCGCAGGAUAACGCCGGCGAUGCGGAGGUCGUCGAGGGCGAACAGCCUGAUGAAGCGAACUCUGCUCCCGUCGAUGGCGAAACGCCAGCACCCGGGUCAGGGCCCGCGUUCCCCAACGGCAUGGGCUUCAACAUGGGCAACGGGAUGUUCCCGAAUAUGGCCUGGAACAACAAUGGAACCUUCAACCCGAUGAGCCAAUUCAUGAACAACGGGAUGUUCAACUUCCCCAACGCGAUGGGAAUGGCCGGCAUGGCGAUGGACCCGAUGGCCGCGAAUCAGGGUAUGUUUGGAGGCUACGGGAUGAACAUGAAUGGCAUGAACAUGGGAAUGAGUUACGACGCAGGUCAGGAGAUGUACGGGGGAUGGGACGGCUCACAGAACAAUAUGUGGAAUGGAGGCCAAGAUAAAUUCAAUCCAAAUGCUUUCGCAAAUGGUAUGGGUCCGCAGUACGGGGGCCCGUCUGGAUUUGGUGGAUAUAAUAUGUCUCAACCCAACGGAGUUCAGCAGUUCCCUAGCCAAGAUUAUCAGAAUGGCUCUUAUGCCGGCUACGGCAGAGGCAAUUUCCGCGGCCGAGGCCGGGGUUUCUUCCCCGGUGGCCGUGGCCGUGGCGGUUACGCUGGGCACCUGCAAGCCAAUUACCCUGCGAAUGCUAACUUUGCAGCCUUCCCCAACCAUAAUUCUCCUAGUGACAAUCCGGACCUGACGCAGUCUCAGGAUGGUGUAUCUGCCGGGGUUGACGAGGAGGGCCACGAGGAUGGCUCCGCGAGGGAUGCUACGGGGGAGAAACUGGGUGAGACGGGGGAGCCACUGGAGAACGGGGAGAACGGGGAAACCGACCCUGUCAAUAGAGACCCUACCACCGCCACUCCCAGCGAGAUGCCCGAGUCGGAGGACACCCAGCUGCGUGGAAUCCCCACCAUUGAUAGUCUAGACCAGGUCGCCGCUGCCCAGGAGAUGGCGUCCGGCGCGAUGGGCAUGGUAGGCUCCAUGGGACCCGGCUUUGGCAGAGCUGGAGCUGGAGCUGGCCCUGGCUAUGGCCCUGGCUACAUGCGCGGUCACGGUGGUGCCUUCCCUGGAGGGCCGGGGGGCCUGGCGGACGGCCCGGGGGGUUCAACGGAGCCCCGUUCAUGGGCAUGCCCGGGGCCCCCAACGGCUAUGCCGAGCCCCGGGGCCAGGGCCGUUCUGCGCCAACGCAACUAUCAAGGUGCUGCACGAUCCUCCGCCCCUCCAGUGAGACCAAACGAUCCCUCCCAAACCGCUACUCCAACUGGACAAGAAGACAUGCCCCGCUCAACAUCCCGAUCCAAAUCGCGCGCCAGAUCAGCGUCGAAAUCAAAGACGCGGUCCCGAUCCCCCGCCCCCUCACGAUCCGACAGUCGGCGUCGCUACCGUCAACGCUCCACGAGUGUCGACCACGCGGCCGACGACUCCGAACGCAGACGAGACCGCCCGCGCAGACCCCGUCGGGAGGACAAAUACGAGGAGCCUGCUGCCGAAGAAACGGCCCGCACGCGCUCAUCAUCUCUGGAGUCUCGCCGGUCCACGCACCGUCGGGACAGGGAGCGAGACAGACGCAGCGGUCGCCGGUCGCAUCGCUCCCACCGACACCGCAGCUGGAGCCGCAGCCCGAGUCGUGACGGCGAUGCCCCCGACGAGCGUCUCGCCUUGAUCCCAGAAGAUAACGGCACCACCGCCACUACCACCACUGGCAACGCCAACAGCAACGGCACCAGCUCUCGAGCCAAACCCACCGACCCCACGGACUCCAGCCGCAGCUACCGUGGCAAGGACCGAUCCCGUCGCGACGACGACCGCGAAAGAGACCGGGAGCGAGACUCUCGCCGUCGAGACCGAGACCGGGACCGUGAUCGUGACCGUGACCGCUACCGCGAGCGAGAUAGAGACCGCGACCGCGAGCGAGACAGAGACCGCGACCGCGACCGCGAGCGUGAUCGUGACAGACACCGUGACCGUGACCGCGACAGAGAAAGAGAAAGAGACAGGAAACGUCCCCGUCGCGACCGCUCCCAAUCCCCCGCGAACAGCGAAUACUCCUCGCGCCGCCGCAUCAAGCGCGAUCGCGACGCAGAAGCCCGCGACACCAAGCCCGUCCCCAAACCCUCCGCAUCCGCAGGACCGUCGACGACUCCCGCAGAGCCAGAGAAAGACCCCCACACCCUAGAACGCGAGGCCCGCAAUCGCGAGCGUAUGCUCAAGGAGCAGCAGCGCCGUGAGGCCAUGCACGCGGACCGUGAUGGCGGUGGUGGUAAAUCGUCCCGCAAACGAGACAGAGGCGGCCGUCGAUUCGGAUACAAGUAUGAUGAUGAUGCUGGGGAUUCGAAGGACAGGAGGGAUGGGGGGAGAUGGAAGUGA